GGCCUCGGCCCGUGUCGGCCCUACGGAUCAGCGAACCAACCAUUUAGUGGCACGUGCCAAACGCAUUUUAGUCAACCUACAUCGUUUCCUAACACUCGUUCGCCAUUUUGGUAACCAGCUAGAAGUAGAAAUCGUUUCCCUAGAUUUUUAAAUUUUUUGGGUCAACCAUACAUUCCACUGCAGAUACGCACCAUCUUCGUCUCCUUUAGCACUGCCUCCCCUCUUCAUGUGGUUGAAUUGUACCCUUUUCUUCAGAAUAUGUUUUCCUUUUUCUUAGGGAUUUCAGGGGAAUUUCGCAGUCAGUUCCUUGCAAAUCUCGACUAAUAUCGGUGCAAAAUUCUCAUUUUUGUCGAAAAAAUACAUUUUUUAAAUAUUUCUAAGACAAAAACGGUAGAUCCAUUCCACUGUCUUACAGUCUUCGCAGGCGCGGCAUUCCACAGAUCUGCAAACUCCUUUCUUUAAAAGAUUCAGUCAACGCUUCUAUACCAGCUUUUUAAUGGAAUACGUGCUACCAUCUCAAAUUUCUUCAUCUGAGCACGUCACAGAAGAUGAAAAGGAGCCUAUAGUGUUCAUUGAUGGAGUGCCAAAGGAGAAUGGAUCUUAUGGGCAUGAAUUUCUAGGUAUUAGAGAUUCAAAGGUUCAGCAGGUUGCUCAUCUCCUAUCGCCACUGACAUGGUUUAGAGUUCUUUCGAAUGAGACGCAUUGGAGUUUUGUGUUUGGAGUCGUUGUAGUGUAUGGAAUCAGCCAGGGAUUUGGAGGUGGAACAUGGAAAGUUGCUAUUGAAUACUACUGGAAGGAUGUGCAGAAGGUGCAGCCCUCAGCAGCACAGUUUUAUCAGGGGAUCAUAUCAAUUCCAUGGAUUGUGAAGCCUCUUUGGGGUCUUCUAACAGAUGUUCUACCAAUGGCUGGGUACCGAAGAAAGCCAUAUUUCAUUUUUGCAGGCCUUUUGGGAGUAUUUUCAAUGCUCACAUUAUCACUCCACAGCAAACUCCAUGUUGUGUUUGCCUUGCUUGCAAUGACUGCAGGAAGUGCAAGUGUAGCCAUAGCAGAUGUGACUAUAGAUGCCUGUGUUGCACAGAACAGUAUUGCUAAACCAUCCCUUGCUGCCGACAUGCAAAGCUUAUGUGGGUUAAGUGCCUCCAUAGGAGCACUCAUAGGCUUCUCAUUAAGUGGGAUACUUGUUCAUGUCAUGGGAUCACAGGCAGUAAUUGGGUUGUUAAGUAUCCCCUGUUUGCUGACCGUUUCAGUUGGAAUAUUGAUUAAGGAGCCACAUACCAAUAGUUUUGCUUACAAUGAGGUUCACAAGAAGUUUCUGCAAGUUGGUCAAUCUAUGUGGUCAACUUUGAAAUGCCCUCAAGUUUGGAGGCCAUGCGUAUACAUGUAUAUUACACUUGCCUUGAGCCUUAAUAUUCAAGAAGGGAUGUUUUAUUGGUAUACAAAUCCUAAAGCAGGUCCUGCUUUUUCUCAGGAAACAGUUGGAUUUAUCUUCUCUAUUGGAUCAAUUGGUUCUCUUCUUGGUGUACUGCUUUACCAAAAUCUUCUCAAGGACUUUCAAUUUCGCAGCAUGCUUUUUUGGGUCCAGCUGCUUACUAGCUUUGUUGGAAUGCUGGAUUUGGUGCUGGUACUCCGUCUGAACUUGAAGCUUGGGAUUCCUGACUAUUUCUUUGUUGUCGUAGAUGAGUGUGUUUCUCAACUGAUUGGUCGUAUCAAAUGGAUGCCUCUUCUUGUGCUGAGCUCCAAGCUUUGCCCCUCAGGUAUCGAAGGAACUUUUUUUGCAUUGCUCAUGUCUAUUGAUAAUGUGGGCUUGCUCUCAUCAUCAUGGGGUGGUGGGCUAUUACUUCGUCUCUUAAAUGUCACACGCACUAAAUUCGGUAAUCUUUGGACCGCAAUUUUGAUCCGCAACAUAAUGAGAUUGUUGCCACUGUCUUUGUUAUUUUUGGUCCCCAAAAGUAAUCAGAAUUCAAAUAUUCUUCCUCCUGAAAUGCUAAUGGAAAAUGAAAGCUCAACAAUACUAAAGAAGCAGAUGUUGAAUUGGCAUCUCUGGUCAACAGCUCCUAGCGGUGUUUAUCUUUUUUUGGAACAAAUGAAGUCUUUCGUCGAGUAUAACUGGCAAACAGUACUGGGAGGCUCUCUCCUCUCCCAAUCCCACUUUCUGCAAAUACAGAACUAUCUUCUCCUCCUUACCAGCAACGCCAACCACCAUGAACAGAAGCAAAAGGGAGCAGCAACAGAGCGACAGCAAGUGUUCUGCCAUUGAAAAGAGAGGGAUCUAAGGUGGAAGGAGGGAAGAGUCGGCUGGUGGAGAGGAAGGGGAAGAGAAACGGGGGAGGAGAGAGAAAUGAUGGAGAUAGAGAAAGCAGAGAUUCUUAAAAUCGAUGGAUUUUGUGAUGAGAACAACUGAGAAGAGGCUGGCUUACUCUGGACCCACUCAGUGCAUGAGAAAUUAUUGGACCUUCACGUGCAUGUCCUCUGUGAUGCAGAGUCAGUGAAAAAACUGAUUAAAUUUUUUA